GCCAUCCGCCAGGCUCUGGUGACUGCAGCAGGGACAGGGUUCCAUACAGGGACCACAAGCAUGACCCACACAGGACACUGGAGACCGGUGGGGCUUCCUCCUCCCACCGUCCCUCCUGGCCCUGUCCCAGACACAGAUCGAAGGUCAGUUUUGCGUCCCCUCCCUGGAAUAAGGUUAGGUAUUUUGGUAUUUUAUUAGGAUCCCCAAUAGCUGUUGCGAAAGCACCAGCUACUCUUCCUGAGGUCCACACAAAACAUGAAACAUGACAUGAUACAGAACAUUUAUAGACAAGAACAGCUCAAGGACAGAACUACAUACAUUUUAAAACGGCACAGACAGCCUACAUAUCAAUACACACAAAAUAUCUAGGUUUGGAUUGGAGGAAGGUAAGUUGUUUUCACACAAGCAACUGCUAUUGGGAGCAUUUCAACCAGCUAUGUUGGCAUCAGGCGCUUUGAUGUUAUCCUUGAGUCAGCAGGCUGGAGUAUUGGAACAUUACAGAACCACUUGGCUCCUAACGCCAAGGGAUUUAAAGGGCCAUGAAUCGAUAAGGCCGUACAAAUCAAAUCAAAAUGUAUUUGCCACAUGCGCCGAAUACAACAGGUGUAGACAUUACAGGGAAAUGCUUACUUACAAGCCCUUAACCAACUAUGCAGUUUUUUUAUAAUAAAUAAAAUAACAGUAGGGAGGCUAUAUACAGGGGGGUACCGGUACAGAGUCAAUGUGCGGGGGCACCGGCUAGUCGAGGUAAUUGAGGUAAUAUGUACAUGUGGGUAGAGUUAAAGUGACUAUGCAUAAAUAAGAAGCUGUUGAGAAGCCUUUUGGACCUAGACUUGGCGCUCUGGUACCGCUUGCCGUGCGGUAGCAGAGAGAACAGUCUAUGACUAGGGUGGCUGGAGUCUUUGACAAUUUUUAGGGCCUUCCUCUGACACUGCCUGGUAUAGAGGUCCUGGAUAGCAGGAAGCUUGGCCCCAGUGAUGUACUGGGCCGUACGCACUACCCUCUGUAGUGCCUUGCGGUCGGAGGCAGAGCAGUUGCCAUACCAGACGGUGAUGCAACCAGUCAGGAUGCUCUCGAUGGUGCAGCUGUAGAACUUUCGGAGGAUCUGUGGACCCAUGCCAAAUCUUUUCAGUCUCCUGAGGGGGAAUAGGCUUUGUCGUGCUCUCUUAACGACUGUCUUGGUGUGUUUGGACCAUGAUAGUUUGUUGGUGAUGUGGACACCAAGGAACUUGAAGCUCUCAACCUGUUCCACUACAGCCCCGUCGAUGAGAAUGGGGGCGUGCUCAGUCCUCUUUUUUUUCCUGUAGUCCACAAUCAUCUCCUUUGUCUUGAUCACGUUGAGGGAGAGGUUGUUAUCCUGGCACCACACGGCCAGGUCUCUGACCUCCUCCCUAUAGGCUGUCUCAUCGUUGUCGGUGAUCAGGCCUAACACUGUUGUGUCGUUAGCAAACCUAAUGAUGGUGUUGGAGUCGUGCCUGGCCAUGCAGUCAUGGGUGAACAGGGAGUACAGGAGGGGACUGAGCACGUACCACUGAGGGGCCCCCGUGUUGAGGAUCAGCGUGGCAGAUGUGUUGUUACCUACCCUAACCACCUGGGGGCGGCCUGUCAGGAAGUCCAGGAUCCAGUUGCAGAGGGAGGUGUUUAGUCCCAGGGUCGUUAGCAUAGUGAUGAGCUUUGAGGGCACUAUGGUGUUGAACGCUUAACUGUAGUCAAUGAAUAGCAUUCUCACGUAGGUGUUCCUCUUGUCCAGGUGGGAAAGGGCAGUGUGGAGUGCAAUAGAGAUUGCGUCAUCUGUGGAUCUGUUGGGGCGGUAUGCAAAUUGGCGUGGUUCUAGGGUUUCUGGGAUAAUGGUGGUGAUGUGAGCCAUGACCAGCCUUUCAAAACAUUUCAUGGCUACAGACGUGAGUGCUAUGGGUCGGUAGUCAUUUAGGCAGGUUAUCUUAGUGUCCUUGGGUACAUGGACUAUGGUGGUCUGCUUGAAACAUGUUGGUAUUACAGAUUUGGGUAUGUCAUUUUAGGCUAAAAUUGGAAAAAUAGUGUCUGAUCCUUAAGAGGUUAUUAAGAAGCGCGGUUUGUCGGGUAAUGUUUCGGAGGACGCAUGACUCGACCUUGGCUUUUUAAUAAACCACACAGCAGUAGAGAAAAAUAAAUGAAGAAGGAAUGAAAUACUCACAUUUUUAGUCUGUGUCUGCUACAAAUGCUAGCUACAGCACAUUUUGGGUAGAAAAACAUCCAAACAUAACACCACAAUGAGAGUUAAGGUUGUUUGUUGUCUUGAGAUGUACUGGAUGACUGUGUGACUCUCCACUUCCUAGGCUGGCCUGGCAGAGUAGAGGGGGAUUCCCUGGCUGCCUCAUCAGCUUCUCUGGAGGAGGAGGAAGAGUGGUGGUUAGGGUUUCAGAAAGUCUCUGCUUAUUCCCUCUGGCUGUAUGAUAGGAGGAGGAGGAGGAGGUAGAAGUUAUCCUGAUACCCAGAACUAGGAUUGGCUUACCCCCGCCACCAAAUAAAAGCCUUACCUUUACUAUUGGUGGAUAAAAUGUCAAACUGACCUCAGCUAGUGCUGAGCGAUUAGUGGUUUUUGAGGUCGGUUCGUUUUCUGUUUGAUUAUUAUUAUUGUGUAUAUAUUUUUUCACCUUCCUUUUUCUCCCCAAUUUCGAUCUUGUCUCAUCACUGCAACUCCCCAACGGGCUCGGGAGGUGAAGGUCGAGUCAUGCGUCCUCCGAAACAUGACCCGCCAAACCGCGCUUCUUAAUAACCUCUUAAGGAUCAGACACUUUUUUUCAAUUUUUGCCUAAAAUGACAUACCCAAAUCUAACUGCCUGUAGCUCAGGACCUGAAGCAAGGAUAUGCAUAUUCUUGAUACCAUUUGAAAGGAAACACUUUGAAGUUUGUGGAAAUGUGAAAUUAAUGUAGGAGAAUAUAACACAUUAGAUCUGGUAAAAGAUAAUACAAACAAAAAAACAUGCGUUCUCUAUUUUUGUUUUGUUAUCUUUGAAAUGCAAGAGAAAGGCCACAAUAUAAUAUUAGUUUACGCACAAUUUAGGUUUUGGCCACUAGAUGGCAGCAGUGUGUGUGCAAAGUUUCAGAUUGAUCCAGUGAAGCAUUGCAAUACUAUUUUGUAUCAAGUCUGCCCAAAUGUGCCAAAUUGGUCAACUGAUACAUUUUCAAGUACAUAACUAUAGAGAACAAUGAUAUGGUAAUACAAAAUGUAAGUUUACACACUCCCAGGAAUGUCAUACAUGAUGGAUCAUUAGCUUAUACACUAACUUUCACACAUCUAGAUGGCCGGGCGGGGUGGGUGUGGAGCCAGAGACAGCAAGGGUUCAAACUGUAGAACCCAGUUCCUACAUUUGAAUAUAAAAAUGUAUUUUAUCAAACAAAACUAUGCUACAUUUUAUCUCUGGGACCCUCAGAUUACUGAUUACUGAAUGUAAGUACAUUAUUUACCUUCACAGGUGAAUGUAUCAAGCCAGUUGCCGUGAUACGUUUUUUGUUGUUGUACACUCUCCUCAAACAUAGCUACUGUAAAUUGGACAGUGCAUUUAGAUUAACAAGAAUUUAAGCUUUCUGCCCAUAUAAGACAUGUCUAUGUCCUGGAAAGUUUGCUUUAACUUACAACAGUCAUGCUAAUCACAUUAGCGCACGUUAGCUCAACCGUCCCGUAUACGGGACACCGAACCUGUAGAGGUUAACACCCGCCCGCUUAACCCGAAAGCCAGCCACAUCAAUGUGUCGGAGGAAACACCGUUCACCCGAUGACCGAGGUCAGCCUGCAGGCGCCCGGCCCCCCACAAGGAGUCGCUAGAGCGCGAUGAGCCAAGUUUUGUAUAUUACUUAUUUUUCAUUCCUUAAAGUAAUCAUCGUAUUUCUGCUCAGGCAGUAGCAGUCAGCCAGCCACUCCAUACUGUACUGUCUUUAGUCAUCCUAUUUAGCUAGCCUGCCUAAGUAUGCUGCAGAUCUGUCUGACAAAAUCAUUUUACUAGUUCUUCAAAGUAGCUAAGGUAUUCUUUCACGAACUGUCUCUGUCCCUCUCGUAGUUGUCUCUUAGUUCUGUACAAUCCUCUCUCAUGCAGUCUAUACGGUCUGUUUGUAUCUAACCUAACAUGAAUAAAAGUGUAUCUGUCCAGAGAUUUGUAUAUAAUGACGAGAUGCUCAUGUCUAUGCCCUAACAAUGGGAGUCGUUGUCCCAAAGGUGGGAAGGCAGGCAACAAUUGUAGGUCCAAAAUAAGCCCAUAGAAAUGAAUUGUUAUUUUGGACAGAUUUGCCUCUUCCUCUCUGAUCCGUCUCUAGGCUGGUGCAAUGGAUUAUGGUCAUUGUAGUUAAUUAUCACGUUUCUGCGCUGAACAAGGUUGAAUAUUUGUUUCAGGAAAACUACAACUCCCUUCAGCCCAGCAUACCACAUAGUUCUUGACUUGAUUUCUCUGAUUUCUGUCGUGAAUUAUUUGAUUUCUCUCUACAGAAACGGCACGUUGGGCUCACAAAAAAAGAAAAAGAAAAAGGGAAUUCAAGUAAUUGAACCGACGUCGGUCAAUUAGUUGUUUAAAAACCCCCACAAAAAAUGUUGGUUAAUCGCUCAGCACUAUUAUGGGCAAUGUAAUUUUUAGAGCCAGAGAGAAACACUCAUACUCAGUGUUAGACUUCCUGAAAAUAUAAAUUUGCUGUAUAGAGCUGAACAAUGACCAGCCUCAUGUCUUGUCACAGGCCUGCUGUGUAAAGCUACUAUCAUGGUUAUUUCAAUUUGGUUUGGACAGGCUGUUUCUCUCCUCCUUGGAUGUCCCAAUUGGUGUUUUAGUGAUGUUACACACAGUCACACAGCCCAAUUAAUGAACAUUAAUUAACAUGAACACAUUUAGCAUCUCCUGGCUUCCACGUAGUCUACAAGCCACCGAUGCAGACCUUUGGAACAUCUACAUUUUAAAAAGUCUAAUAAAUCCAUGUAAAUAGCCUACACCAUCACAAUAAAUCCAUAAUUUAUUUUAGACAUAUCUAAAGAAACAUGAUAUGAAGAAAAUGUAGUCUUUUCAGAAGAACAGAAUAGCAUACUCUGAGUUGUCCUUAUGUUUGGCCCUGAUCUGGCUAUGACAUAUGGCUGUGGGCUACACUAGUUCAUUUAGCAGACAAUAUUUGCUUAGAAUUCCAUGGCAUUAUUUUAUAGUAUGAAGAAGACAAUUGAACAUAGCUAAAUAGAAAGGAUAUUUUCUCCAAACAAUUUGAGGGAGUGCGCACAUGCGGCUACUCUGUGUUGACCUGUUAACCAAGAAACAGGUUCUCCUAUAUGCUUAAUUUAGAGUUAUUUAUGUAACUUUAGUUGUGAUAGAAAUGUUGGGCUAUAUGUUUUGAUUUUUCAUACAUUCUAAGGCUGUAUGAUACAACUCUAAUGAUGAUUUGAAAAAAGUUGCAUGAAAGGCAUGAGCUCUGCUUUGUUUUUUGCGUAGGCUGUAUAAUCUCUUAUUUACAAUUUGACAAGCACUUGAUACUGCCUCAAAUUUCCCAGCUGCAUCCCCUUUGUGUGGCCGUCAUGCCCACUAAAAUGUUUUACAAAUAAAAUCCCUUCUCCCGGCUGCAUGCCGAAGCACCUUUCACUCACAUGGCUCUCCGUCACGUAAUCCGUUCUUUCUCACAGGCUACAAGUGAAGACCGCUACAUUGGGGACGCAACUGCGUGCGUCCUUAUCCAAUUACGAGGCGCAUAUUGAAGAGAUUUGAAGAACUGUCCACAUUUGCUUUUUGUCAGCCAACAAGAUGAGUAGGCCUAACGUACAGCAAAAGCAUUAGCCUAUGUCAAUCUACUAUCCCCCAUAGUACAAAAGUUGACCUAUUCUGUGCGAGAGAUUAAUAUUCCAAACAUAGUGUGGGACAGUUGUGAGAUUGGGAUGGCAUCAAAAAAUCUGUUUUAAGCAAUAAGCCUGAUGCAACAGAUGACAGGCUAUUUCUUCAAAUUUUAAGUGCAGCAGUGCGCACACGGCAGUAGGUGUGAAUGUUCCAUUUGCAGGAAAACACCAUUCUCAAAAGUGACCACAAAUGCGAUUAUGCAUGUAAUGCUUUUAUUAUAAAGGUGCAUUUCUAUGGUGAAAAUUAUCUUCCCCAAACUUGAAACUCACGCACUGCGUGUGUAUGCCAGUUAGGCUCUACACCCGUUGUAAAGUGGAUUCAUGUGCUUCAUUUUAAGAAGUUAUUUGGCCACUUUAAUUGUGAUACAAACCUUAUCAAAACAUAAAGGCCUAUGGGCUAGGCUACAUGAGGUGUGUGACUAGUAGAGAGAAAAAAAGCAAGCACUGUUUCUUGCCUUAAGCUGGGGAUCAUUCACAAGUGAUAUAUCAUUCACAAGUGAUAGGCUAAUAUUGUCACCCAUCACACUAUUCUUGAUUUAAUCUUGUCUUUACAUAUACUAAAUAAUAUAUGUGUGAAAUUUGUUUUGAUUUAGAAUGGGCCAUUAUCAUGCACUUGUCUCUAAACAGGGGCAGCGGAAAAAAAAUACAUGUCAUCUAUGCACUUAAAUAGCGAAUGGAGGACACUUUUCUCGUGGUUUAUUUUCAUGCCAGCCAGGUAGGCUAUACUCAUUUUAGAUUUUAGUCAUUUAGCAGACGCUCUUAUCCAGAGCGACUUACAGUUAGUGAGUGCAUACAUUUUCAUACUGGCCCCCCGUGGGAAACGAACUCACAACCCUGGCGUUGCAAGCGCCAUGCUCUACCAACUGAUCUACAGGGGACCUACUCCUGUUGUAAAGAGAAGCAAUGUGCUUAAUAUUAGGAAAGUUGAGAAAUAAAUAUAGUAGGCCUAGCCUAUAGAAAGCUGAUGGGAUCCUCCUCUUUUUAAUAGAGGCCAUCACUCUGUUUUCUCACACAAUUGCAUAGCCUAUAGAAAUGUUGCGCAACAUGAGCUCAUGGGCUGUCAUGAAGUGUUUGAUUAGAUUUUCGAUUAGAUUUGCAUUGAUGUCAGAGUGGGACAAUAGAGUGCUGAGUACCAGGCAGUUUAGCAAGUUUGGUAGGCUAUUAAUGACCAUCAGCAGCAUCAGAGCUUGGAGAAGCCUAAUUACCCUGACUAAACGGUCACAUGGAAUUUGACUCCCGUCAUGACUCGUGACCGCCGGUGUGGCGGUAAUAUGGUCACCGUAACAGCCCUAAGAGUGAGUCCCUUGCCUUGCUCUCUGAUAGGGAUGCUCAUUGCAUGGAUUUUUCACCCUCAAUGUUUUCAUUACUCAAUGCAGCCAGACAAACACAAUUUACUGUCACUGCUGUGGAUAUACUUGUGUUUGCGAGCGUGUGUCCGUGCGUCAGGGUUUCCGUUAGGAAAAUGUGUCACCGGACAUUUGACCGGCAGCAUUUGAAUUUAAUAGACAUUUGAGAAAUUUACCGGACCCAUAUGCAUUGGGUGUGUAACCUGAUUAUGGCGUCCACCCACGGUGCUCAGAAUGACAGAAAUCAAAUUUAGAUUAUGGCUAUUCGUCUUAACAGAACAUGCAACUCGAGGAUGCAACGGCGUGCGUCCUUACUGAAUUCCAAUGCGCACUUUAAAGAUGUUAGAAUAACUACCGCAUUUACCUUUCCUCAGCCAACCAGAUGAGUAACGAACAGCAAAAUCACUAGCCUAUGUCAAUCUAAUAUCCCCCAUAGUACAAAAGUUGACCUAUUCUAUUGGUCAGCUUGUGCCUUUGGCUACCGGACAAUGACAUAACUUUUAUUUGAAAACCAAUAGAACAUGAGAGAAAUAGGCUAUAAAAUAAUUGCCUCCACGUUUCUAUGGUCGGAUUUUACUUUGAAGCUAGGUGUAAGACAUGCCUCAUAAUAUGAAGUAAAACGUUCAGGUUUCAAAUAAUUAUGUAAAUGUUUUCAAAAUGCAUACUGCUUCCAGCAAAGUGGUGUGUGUGAUGUGCUGAAGCCUGCCUGCCAUUUGCCUAUAUGCACUUGAAUGGUGAAUUACCAGUUAAGAAGAAAAAAAAUAGUAGGCCUAGCUCUGGACAGCAACACUUUUUUAACAAGCGAUUGCAUUUAGAAUUGUUAAGCAAUGAUUGGGCUUAUAAAAGCACGUUUCACUCGACAGCAACGAAUGAGCUGUUUGAGAGAAGAUGUAGCAGCAGCUCUCGCGCUGUCUGACAGAUUUUCCGCUCUUAGGCUCUGUAUCUAUAUGCUCUGCGCAUGUGAUAAACAUAACGACUAACGAAAAUACACACGCUGCAAUUGAAUUCCACUAAAUAAUGCAAGUUAAGCUAUAGACCGAUAAGCAUGACCGGUCAAAUGUAUUUCCAUCGACUGGUAUUUCCAGCAAUGAAUAGGCUAAAAAGCAUUACUUUGCAAUAUUACUUUUUUUGGGGGGGGAGACAAUUGGCCAGCAGCAGUUUUAUUAAUGUGUUUGUGUGAAAGUAGUCAGAGGUUUCAGAUCGUAUCAUUUCACUGAAGGAUUGUGAAAAGAAGGCCUAUAUAUGGGCAUGAAUCUGGUUUUCCUCUGCGUGUGGGUUUGGAUGAUGGGAAGGAGAAAACGCUGGGUUCAGCACUAAAACAGGAGAAACUGAAGUGGAAGAGGAACGUGUGAAUGACUGGCUUUGUGUGAGGACAGGACAGACAAACUGGGAAAAUUCUGACCAACACACGCAGCUCUGCAGUUUCGUAAAUUAACACACACUUGCACAACUUGUCCUUGGUUAUCACUCUGAAAACGUUUUAUCUCACAAAGGCCAUACACUGUCUGCUACAGUUCUCUCUCUCACACACACCACACACUUCUUGCCCAUUCACAGAUUUCUCCACAUUUCCCCUCUGAAAACAUUCUCUCUCUGUCUACCUCUCUUCUUUAUCUUCCACUCUCUCCCACUCUGCCGUCUCCAUGUUUUGUCCUGUGAGGCAGAGAGGGAAGCAGGAUUAGGAGCCAGCCAGGCAGGCAGGCAGGUUGUGCCUGUGGAAGGACAGAUUGCCAUCAGUGCAGUUGGUAUUCAGGCCUUAUCUCUGCCUAACAGAACAUAAUCUUAGCUGCAACACCGGCCGCACCGCUAAAGGAACAAAUAGUGCUUUACCAGUCACGCAUGCCUCACAUUUAUUACGAAAAAUACAUUCCGGUCUGCUCUGGUUCUCCUUUCUCCUCUCUCACUGAGUGGAGCUGGAAGUACAAUUGGUUGGUGAUUAGAGAAGAACCACCUCAGCCAUGAUGUUUGUUCAUUUUUGUUUGUUAUUAAAGUUAUUUAUCUUUUCAUUUUUUCCACAAACAAACAAAAACAUGUAUUUUUAUUUUUUAAAUGUAACAUUGUACAGCAUAAGAACAUUGAACAUGACAUCGACAUAUCCUCCAACAUAGCACAUAUACACAAUCAAAUAGUAUCUCACAAGUUACAAUACAGAACUAAAUGGGUUUACAUGCAUAAGUCAUCACCUCCCAGUCUUACAAACAACAUGACAAAUAAAAUGUGUCCAGAUUCUAGAAUUGCCGUUUCUACCAGUGAUCCUAGCAAGCAUUUGUUCAUAAGAUGCUACCUCCAACAUUGAUGCUAUCCUCUGUUUCAGAGUAGGAGUGGCAUGACCCUUCCAAAUUCUAAGGAUUAUUCUAGCUGCUGUAAUGAUACCAACAGUGAUCAGUGCAAAUUCCUCAUUUGUUAUAUUAGGUUACUGUUCUAUUGCCCAGGAGACAUAUUCUCUGUGAAACUGGAAUUGUUAACCCCAACCAUUCCUACAGAUAUUUCAAAAUAUCCUUCCAGAAAGGUAGCUCUAAUGUGCAUUCCCAUAUUGCUUGUAAAAAUGUCCCAGUGUCUUUCUGGCAUUUCCAACACAGAGAAUUGUUGUUCAGCCCCAUCUUAUGAAGCCUUGUUGGGGUCCAAUAAAACCUAUGUAAUAUCUUAUAUUGAGUAAGUUUCCUCCUGGCUUCCCUUAUGUUCCUCCCUGAGUUGUAUGUUUCUCCCUGAGUUGGACAAGAGCUUCAACCAGGUGUCAUCCUCAAUUUCACACAAGGUCAGUUUGCCAUAUUGUUCUGAGGUUUUUACAGUAUUACAGUCCACUCUGCAGAUAACUAAAUAUUGAGUAAAGAAUGGCUGCUUUAUGUUUGGGUAAUUCCAAAUACUCCGCUAUUGGGUUCUUUCCUGGAUUUUGUUGAUAACUGGUUAACAAACAUUCCCUCAAUUGUAAAUAUUUGCAGAAAUUUCUCGUCUCCCACAUCAUAUUUUUGUACCAAAUCUGAGUAUGACAUUAAAACAUCUUCAUUGUACAGAUCACCUAUAGUAUGAAUUCCUUACAUUAGCCAUUGUUUCCAGUACAGACUUCUUUCCUGUCCAUAGCCUAGGAUUGUGCCACAAUGAUGAGUAUCCUUGUUUUAGAUGUGAAAUUCCACAUAUCUUGUGUACUGUUCUCCACACCUCUUUUGAGUGUAACACAAUUGGGUUGGAAGUUUCAAAAGACCUCUCCCCUGUAAGACUGUGACAGGAUAUCAACAGGGGUGAAAGGUUAACUUAGUUCCCAUUCUAUUAGUAUCCAGUCCAAGCCAGCAUCCCCUUUACCCCAGUGCUUCGCCAACAUCUGGUAAAGCCAAGCCUCCUACAUCCCUUGGUGAGCACAUCUUCAUAUUAAUCCUGGGUGUUUUCCUAUCCCACAGAAAGUAUUUUGUUAUUUUGUCAUAUUGUUUAAAAUACCGGUCUGGAAUAUUCAUAAGUAACAUUGCAGAGAUAUCAUUAAAUUGUGGGACCACAACCAUUUUAAUCACGUUGAUCUUUCCGCAUAAAGAACGUUUUAUAUUUUCCCAUUUUUCUAAAUUGGUCUUAAUCUUGACUAGUAGUGGCUAAAAAUGUAGUCCCAUCACUUCCUCCAAAAUGAACUCAACUUAAUACCCAAAUAUUUCAUCCCAGUAGGAACCCAUUUGAAAUUAAAUGGGGUAACGGUUCCAGAGUAACAUAUGGCAUUAAUUGGCAUUGCGUCCAACUUAUUCCAAUGAAUUUUGUAGCCUGACAAACUAGAAUAUGAUCAAAUACAAGUAAGUAAUUGUGGUACAGACUGAAGAGGAUCAGAGACCAGCAGUAGAAUAUAAUCUGCAUACAUAAGCAGCUUGUGUUCUUUUCCUCCUACAUGGACACCCUUAAUUACUGGAUCUGCUCUUAUCACUGUCGCAAGAGGCUCUAAAACUAUGGUAAAUAAGAGAGGAGAAAGCGAAGAACCCUGCCUUGUGCCUCAAGAAAGAAAAAAAAAAGGAUACAUAAUUCCAUUCGUAAGUACUGUUGCUUUCGGAUUGGAAUAAAGGACCCUUAUCCAUGUACAAAAGUCAGGUCCAAAACCAAAUGUUCCUAGGGUUCUUAAGAGAAAAGCCCACUCUGCCCUAUCAAAUGCCUUCUCAGCAUCUAAAGAGAGAGCAGCGGUAGGAACUAUAUUUGAGCGAUUUAACCACAUGAGGUGUAAGGGCCUCCUCAUAUUAUCAAUUGAGGUCCUGUUUUUAAUAAAUCCUACUUGGUCAUUAUUUAUGAUAUUAGGUAGCGCCUUCGCUAAGCGCAUCGCAAGGGUCUUAGUAAGAAUAUUACAAUCCACAUUAAGUGGCUGAUAGUUCUAAAAUUCCCAGGUUCUGUCGUAUCUCUAUCAUUUUUUGAGAUCAACGAUAUCAGGUCCUUUACCUGGCUAUCUGAUAAUCUAGGUAAUUCUAUACCAGACAAAGUAACCAUAUCUAUGGGGCUCGCUGAGCAGCAGGAUGUUUAUAAAUCUUCAUUAAAACGCUGAAACACACUGUUAAUCUCUUUGGAUGAGGACACCAUUUUAUCGCCCUUCUUAAUUGCUGGGAUUACGUUAGAAGUGUUCUGCAUUUUUUGUUGGCUUGCUAGUACCCUGCCUGUCUUCUCACUUCCCUCAUAAAAACGGAUUCUAAGCCUAAACAGUGCAUAUUCUCCCUUUUUGUUAUACAUUUCAUACAAAUGAAAUUUCAGUUUGCAGGCAGUUUGAAAUGUGCUAUCUGUGAAAUGUCUUGCCAAAUCCCUUUCCAAGACACAUGCAGUGCAUUCGGAAAGUAUUCAGACCCCUUCCCCUUUUCCACAUUUUGUUACAUUACAGCCUUAUUCUAAAAUGGAUUAAAGUACUUUUUUCCCCUCAUCAAUCUAAACACAAUACCCCAUAAUGACAAAGAGAAAACUGGUUUUUAGAAAUGUUUGUAAAUGUAUUCAAAAUAAUAAAAAACGGAUACCUAAUUUACAUAAGUAUUCAGACUCUUUUGUGUCGUAUCAACAUUUUCCUUUAGCUCGGUAGUUGUUGUUUUUAUCGUGGAGACAUCGGAUGCAACACCCAACAAAGUCGUAUUCAUCUUUUCCAUUUGCUCAAAUAGAUCCUACAGAUUUACCGAUUUUCUCCGGGCUUACGUGUUUAUUCGGGAUGACUUGCUGUUUGUUUGCUAGUCGAUGUGGCCUUCUGUGAAUACAGCGUUAGGCUUGAAUACGUUUUUAGCGUGUGUCGACAUUCCAAUAACGCCACUUUAGCGAGCGGUUUCAAAAUGUAAAUGAUCUUUAUAUUAAACUGUACUACAAGUCAAUAUAUUAAGACAAAAAUUAAAGUGUAUGCCGUUGAAUUUCAAUAUUUACAUGAGGGUAUUAGGAGCUCUCUAAAGUGCUGCCAUCUUUUUUGGCGGUCCCAAGUGACUCCCCUGUUUGUUUUUAUUAAUCAAAGCUAUUCUCCUGGCUUGACAGGGAAAGGUUGGUAUCUCAUCUUCCCUGGGAUGAGAUGAAAUGGUUCAUCCUGUCUGAACAAGAUGACUGGAGCUGUUGAGAGAAUGACAUUAGUUCUGCUCUCUCUGACUGUUUAUGAAAACAUUACAAUAUUAAUUGGUCAAUCAAUAAACAGAAUGUCAUAGUAGGGUCGUUCCACCUCAAAGCACAAGAGGAUUUCGACACCCACCAUCUCAGAUUAUGACAUUUUUCUGUAGUUAGAAACCGAUAAGAUAAGCAUUUCUGCAAGAUUAUUUUGUUGAAGUAUAAUGUGAUUUGAUCUUGAUGAAGCUAAUUGAUUGCACCCAAAUUGGCAAUUUCAAUUUAUAGGAUUCAUAUAAUAUUCAAUAAAUAUAGUACCCAACUUCCAAUUUGCAAAAAAAAACUCUAUUAUUAAGAUGAGAGGAAUCCAAAUAAAUGGUAAACCGCCGCCCACCAUAAUGGCCAGUAUACACUAUCAGUUCUCUAUGUUUGACAAACUGUAUGAAGCUGCGACUUGGAGUAUUGUUUAUUCAUACUAUGUAAUGUAUUCUCAGUGAAUUUGGUGAUGUUUUUCCCACCUUGGUCAGAGAAAUUAGCCAUUUGAAGCCACUUGCAUGUUCCCCAUAAAUUAAGUGCAAGUACCAGGUUUUGCCCACUAGAUGCCGCUGUUCCUGCUACUGCCCUUUUAUCAAUUUUGCCUACUCUCCUUGAAUGUUCCAACAAGAGGCAGCUCUCUGAGAGGGCUAUCCCUAUGGUGCAAUUCUCAUAUGAAGCCCCAAAAAUGUGAGAGACGGUCAAAAACGUAAAGUUCCUCAGCGUACACAUCUCUGAGGAGCUGACAUGGUCAACCACACAGACAUCAUGGUGAAGAAGGGACAACAGAGACUUUUCAACCUCAGGAGGCUGAAGAAAUGUGUCCUGUACCCGAGGGCCCUCACAGUGUUCUACAGGAGCACCAUCGAGAGCAUACUGUCGGGUUGCAUCACAGCCUGGUACGGUAACUCCACCACCGCUGACCGCAAGGCGCUACAGAGAGUGGUACACUCAGCCGAACGCACAGUUGGGUGCACACUGCCUGCCCUCCAGGACACCUACAACACCAAGUGUUGCAGGAAGACCAAGGUCAUUAGGGACCUCAGCCACCCGAGCCAUGGACUGUACUCCCCGCUUCCAUCACUCAGACACGGGCAGUAUAGACGCAUCAUAGCAAAUACUGAAAGACUGACCAAUAGCUUCUACCACCAGACCGACCAAUAGCUUCUACCACCAGACCAUCAGGCUGCUGAAUAGCCAUCACUAGUCAGCUACAUGCUAACCCUAUCCCCUUCCUGCACCUCCGGACUUCCCACCCCUGCAACCCUGUGCAUGUGGCUAAUAAUCUCUCUAAGUCUAGGAGCAUAAUGUAGGAUGGGUUGUGUUAUUGUUAUGUUACGUAUUGUCUUGUUGCCUAGUUUUUAUUGUAAGAGAGUAUGAGGCCCGCCUAUGUGGGAGUUCCUUGUGUGAGGAAGGCAUUUAUCACUAAGCUUGUGUUCCCACUGUAGGAACUUCUGAGCAGUUGCGGAAGGGGGGUGUAGUAUGUGUCUCUCUUCGGAGCGGCCUCAAGUUACAUUUUGUUCCUCCUUGUUUACUAAUCACUCAUCUGCCGGAACAGCCAUAUUUCUUGGAAUGAUGGUGGGGUGAGGAGAGAGCGGGAUUGGUGGAGGAAUGGAGGUGGGAGAGUUUCCAGGGAUCGUCUCUGCUUCUCUCCCCCUUUCUCUUCUGUCACACACCAAAUUGCAGCCGUUCCACUUAGCUCUCCACAGGGCACAAAACUUCAAGAGGCUAAUUUCAGAGCUUAAGUCUGAUCUUGCCCUAGCAGAGAUAACACACACACACAAGCUCACACACAUGCGCAAGCUCACACACACACGACACAACCAGGAGAGUAAUCACAGAGCUUCCAGUAAACACUGAUUAGCUGAGUGUUGUGCCCUUGAAAAAGCUCUCUAUAGGAGCUCUUUACCACUUCCGAGCCCCACACACACACAACCACAUCACCACAUCCUGCUCCUCUGACCCCGUUUGUGUAAACACAUACAGACCCACUGGCAGAGGCGAGGGGCAGUUGUUUUCCAUUAAUUAUUAGGCUAUGUUAUGCUCUGCUGUAUGUUUUGGUAUUUUAUUAGGAUCCCCAUUAGCUGUUGCGAAAGCAGCAGCUACUCUUCCUGGGGUCCACACAAAACAUGAAACAUUGCGUACAGAACAUUAAUAGACAAGAACAGCUCAAGGACAGAACUACAUACAGUGCAUUCAGAAAGUAUUCAGAACCCUUCCAUUUUCCCACAUUUUGUUACGUUACAGCCUUAUUCUAAAAUUUAUGAAAUUAAUUUUUUCACUUAUAAAUCUACACACACUACCCUAUAAUGACAAAGCGAAAACAGGUUUUUUAGACAUUUUUGCAAAUGUAUUAAAAAUAAUGACCCGAUACCUUAUUUACAUAAGUAUUCAGACCCUUUGCUAUGAGACUCGAAAUUGAGCUCAGGUGCAUCCUGUUUCCAUUGAUCAUCCUUGAGAUGUUUCUACAACUUGAUUGGAGUCCACCUGUGGUAAAUUCAAUUGAUUGGACAUGAUUUGGAAAGGCACACACCUGUCUAUGCAUGUCAGAGCAAAAACCAAGCCAUGAGGUCGAAGGAAUUGUCCGUAGAGCUCCGAGACAGGAUUGUGUCAAAGCACAGAUCUGGGGAAGGGUACCAAAAACAUCUGCAGCAUUGAAGGUCCCCAAGAACACUGCAGCACUCUGCCAAUCAGGCCUUUAUGGUAGAGUGUCCAGAUGGAAGCCACUCCUCAGUAAAAGGCACAUGACAGCCCGCUUGGAGUUUGCCAAAAGGCACCUAAAGACUCUCAGACCAUGAGAAACAAGAUUCUCUGGUCUGAUGAAACCAAAAUUGAACUCUUUGGCCUGAAUGCCAAGCGUCACGUCUGGAGGAAACCUGGCACCAUCCCUACGGUGAAGCAUGGUGGUGGCAGCAUCAUGCUGUGGGGAUGUUUUUCAGCGGCAGGGACUGGGAGACUAGUCAGGACCGAGGGAAAGAUGAACAGAGCGAAGUACAGAGAGAUCCUUGAUGAAAACCUGCUCCAGAGCGCUCUGGACCUCAGACUGGGGCGAAGGUUCACCUUCCAACAGGACAACGACCCUAAGCACACAGCCAAGACAACGCAGGAGUGGCUUCGGGACAAGUCUCUGAAUGUCCUUGAGUGGCCUGGCCAGAGCCUGGACUUGAACCCGGUCGAACAUCUCUGGAGAGACCUGAAAAUAGCUGUGCAGUGACGCUCCCCAUCCAACCUGACAGAUAUUCCAAGCUUGUAGCGUCAUACACAAGAAGACUUGAAGCUGUUAUUGCUACCAAAGGUGCUGUGGGGACCUAAAAUGUAUUUCCAUUCAAAGCCUUUUUUCCCUAACCCCGAAACCUAACGCAAUCACAAAUAUUUCAUUAUUUUACCAUCCUUUUGGGGAUUUCCGGUAGCCACAAGGAUAGUAAUGUGCGCGCACGCACACACACUCCCAGACAUAGAAUCUCCUCCAUGGGGCUCGUCUCUCUCUGAUUUAGGUCAAAUUUGUUCUCAUGAAAUCGUCUUGCAUAUAUUGCAUAAUGAAUAUUCAAAACAUACACAAAGCAGUUUGUUUGUACACUGUUUUCUUUGGCAUUAGAUCUCUUUUUCUAAUCAUAACAUUGCUUUAAAGGGUACUACUGUAUAAACCAAGAAAGAAUUCCACAGUACAAAGAUAAAGAAGUGUCCUUCCUUAUAAUACCCCCACUGAAUUUGCUGCAAAAUGGAAAGGGUCUAUCACUAACUUCAAAUCAAAUUGUAUUUGUCACAUACGCCGAAUACAACAGGUAUUACAGUGAAAUGCUUACUUACAAGCCCUUAACCAACAAUGCCGUUUUAAGAAAAAUAAGUGUUAAGUAAUAAAUAAUUAAAGAGCAGCAGUAAAAUAACAGUAGCGAGGCUAUAUACAGGGGGAACCGGGACAGAGUCAAUGUGCGGGGGCACAGGUUAGUCUAGGUCAUUGAGGUAAUAUGUACUUGUAGGUAGAGUUAGUGACUAUGCAUAGAUAAUAAACCAAGAGAAGCAGCAGCGUAAAAGAGGGGGUGGGGGACAAUGCAAAUAGUCCGGGUAGCAAUUUGAUUAGCUGUUCAGGAGUCUUAUGGCUUGGGGGUAGAAGCUGUUAAGAAGCCUUUUGGACCUAGACUUGGCACUCCGGUACCGCUUGCUGUGCGAUAGCAGAGAGAACAGUCUAUGACUAGGGUGGCUGGAGUCUUUGACCAUUUUUAGGGCCUUUCUCUGACACCGCCUGGUAUAGAGGUCCUGGAUGGCAGGAAGCUUGGCCCCAGUGAUGUACUGGGCCGUACGCACUACCCUCUGUAGUGCCUUGCAGUCAGAGGUCGAGCAGUUGCCAUACCAGGCAGUGAUGAAACCAGUCAGGAUGCUCUUGAUGGUGCAGCUGUAGAACUUUUUGAGGAUCUGGGGACACAUGCCAAAUCUUUUCAGUCUCCUGAGGGGGAAUAGGUUUUGUCGUGCCCUCUUCACGACUGUCUUGGUGUGUUUGGACCAUGAUAGUUUGUUGGUGAUGUGGACACCAAGGAACUUGAAGCUCUCAACCUGCUGCACUACAGCCCCAUCGAUGAGAAUGGGGGCGUGCUCAGUCCUCUUUUUUUUCCUGUAGUCCACAAUCAUCUCCUUUGUCUUGAUCACGUUGAGGGAGAGGUUGUUAACCUGGCAUCACACGGCCAGGAUAACUUGAUCCAGAAAGGAGAGAUCUUACUAACAUGUUUGUCUGUCUCCCUCUCUGUGUCUCCAGGACCUGUCCUGCAUCGAUGACCUCUCCAACAACUCUCUGUUCUCCUCUCCGGCCGACUCUCUGUCAGAGUACGCCGAUGCCCAGGCCUUCAUCCAUGCAGACAACCUGGCCCAUGUGCCCACGUUAUGGGACAUAAACACACCAGCACAGAGCCAGCUGGCGGUGAGGGGACCCGACUACACACACAGACUCUCUAUUACUUUUUAUGUUUAGAUAUAAACAAUUUAAAAAAAAAAAAUAUUUAGCAGACGCUCUUAUCCAGAGCGUCUUACAGGAGCAAUUAGGUUUAAGUGCCUUGCUCAAGGGCACAUCAACAGAUUUUUCACCUAGUCGCCUCGGAGAUUCGAACCAGCAACCUUUUGGUUACCAGCCCAAUGCUCUUAACCACUAAGCUACCUGCUACCUGUCUCACUCAUACACACUUACUCACACAAACACGUCAGAAAACACUCUCACACAUAAGCUGUUUUAUUUUUCUCACACAAAACAACGAGACAUGCAUCACCACAUACAUGCGUCACCACACACUACUACCUAGAUAAAAAUAGCUCUGCCAACUAACACCACUAUGUUCAUACCCACACAUACAUGCUCACUCUAAAAACAAGACCAAAUGUCUGUGUGCUUAACACUCAACAGCAAUUCUCAAAUACAGGUCAUGUACUGUAAGUAAGUAGGAAAUGUUGCCUCUAACCACUGAUCCAGGGUCAAAUAUGUUUACAACCCAUCUCCGGAAAGAGAGCAUGUUAGGAAAUAUGUUCUAGUUGUAUGACUCAGAAAUGGGAACAUUUUGUUAGUUUGUCUUUGUGUUUUCCCUAUUGAUUCUGUUAUUAUUUUCUCCAUUAUCUAUCAUUAUAUAUUCUACACACUUUCUGUGCCCUUUGUUGCCACUGGCUUUCACUGACAAGCUGACAAAUCACAGUCUCUUUUGUUGUUUUUCCCAGACGUUCUGACAUUCAUGACUCACAGGACUCUGGUGUGACUUGCAUCUUUUCAUUUGGUUUGAGUUUUGUGUUUGUUUUUUGUUUGUUCUCCCUGCAGCUAAAUGCCAACAGGUUUCAGGGUUUGAGCAGUUUGGAGGAUAUCUCUGCCAUUAUCAGCACCCCACCUUUGGGAGGAUACCAGGUAGCCUCAACCCUCCAAAUCUAAUCAGGCCUAAAUUAGUCAGGUGAUUGACUGAGGGCCCCAAUUUGACAGGCACAAGAAUGUGGAGAUGGAGCCAAAACUGACUGCAUCAUUUUAAAUAUGCGACACUAACUUCAAAAUAAGUUUGGCAUAAAACUUUAAACCCACGUGAAUUAUUGCUGCCUUUUUGCGGACAUUCCAAUUGAAAUAUUGUGUAAAUAUAUUGAGUAAAACAGUCGGUUUUGGUAACUUCUCUGUCACUCUUAGUGAGCCCCUCGUAGAAACACUGAAGUCUAAUGGUCUAAUGCUCUAAUCUAUCCAAUCAGGCUCUUAUUUACCUUAUUAAUGAGCAUCAGGACAAGUAAUUGCAGGUCAGCUAAUUAUCUCUCUGUCAACCCUUUGACCUGUAACCAUCCACUAUGAUUUAGACCUUUUAAUUUCACCUCAUAUCUAUCUUGUUUCUGUCUUGUCCAGUUGGUUGAGGUUAUUUUACUUAUCUCCUUACUCAUCUGCGCUGAUCUGAAAAGAGGGGCAUUUGCUUUCACUUGUCCAGUUUUAUCAUAUCAGUUUAGAUGGACAAGAGAAAAAAUAUGGACAGGAUAUGAACUACAUUACCCAUAUCCCCUUUGCUUCUGCAGGCUCAGAGAACCCAGACCCCGGCAGAAGAGGAGGCAGAGGAGGAGGAGGAGGAGACAGAGGAGCUGGGACAUGUAGACACCUACGCCGACUACAAACCAUCCAAAUGUACGCUGCCCUACACUCUACUCUCAAGACACAACAUGUAGUCCCGGUUGACCUAUUUAUCUGGUUGCCGUUUUAGUGUCUUUCUUUAUGUGGAAGGAAUUUGAAUUUUGCAAUAGUAAUAUUUUUCAGUGACGUUAGUACACAUAGCUACUCAUACAUAAAAUAAUAAUACAAUCUGAUACUGAUAGUCUGUGAGGGAUUUAGUAAGAUUUUGCCUGUCUUUUCAAUCUUUAAAUUAUCUCUCACUCUCUUUUGUCCUUCCUCAGCCACCAUAGGGAUCUCCCACCCAGACAUAGUGGUGGAGACCAACACGCUGUCCAGCGUCCCUCCUCCUGACAUCACCUACACUCUGUCCAUUGCUGACUCCACCAUCAAACGUGGCCUGCUCUCCGCCCUGCAGCUAGAGGCCAUCAUCUACGCCUGCCAGGUAACACACCUCUUUAUCACUUCUGACCCCUGACCUCACACAUCUGGUCUGGCAGGAACAAGUUCAAGUAUGUUCACUGUAUUUACUGUGUUAUCUUCUUCAGCUGUGCUUUUGAUAUCUCUCUGUGUAAGUUGUUCAAAAUAAUGCAGUGGUUUAUUCGAUGCCGGUCUUUAUAAGAGUGUCUACUAAAUGACUAGAAUGUGAAGCGUUAGUUAGCGAUAAUGUGUGUACAGCAACAAGUUCAAGUUUUAUCUUGGAAAAUACAGUAUGUGGGCCAUAAAUAAAGGGUAUAUUAUACAAUGUUUUUUAAAACUCUUUCUACUGUAUUGUUAUCUACUUUAGCUGUGGAGUUAUCUCUACAGUGGCUUGCGAAAGUAUUCACCCCCCUUGGCAUUUUUCCUAUUUUGUUGCCUUACAACCUGGAAUUAAAAUGGAUAUUGGGGGGUUUGUAUCAUUUGAUUUACACAACAUGCCUACCACUUUGAAGAUGCAAAAUAUGUUUUAUUGUGAAACAAACAAGAAAUAAGACAAAAAAAACGGAAAACUUGAGCAUGCAUAACUAUUCACCCCCCCCCCCCCCCCCUCUUUUGCAGCAAUUACAGCUGCAAGUCUCUUGGGGUAUGUCUCUAUAAGCUUGGCACAUCUAGCCACUGGGCUUUUGCCCAUUCUUCAAGGCAAAACUGCUCCAGCUCCUUCAAGUUGGAUGGGUUCUGCUGGUGUACAGCAAUCUUAAAGUCAUACCACAGAUUCUCAAUUGGAUUGAGGUAUGGGCUUUGACUAGGCCUUUCCAAGACAUUUAAAUGUUUCCCCUUAAACCACUCAAGUGUUGCUUUAGCAGUAUGCUUAGGGUCAUUGUCCUGCUGGAAGGUGAACCUCUGUCCCAGUCUCAAAUCUCUGGAAGACUGAAACAGAUUUCCCUCAAGAAUUUCCCUGUAUUUAGCGCCAUCCAUCAUUCCUUACAUUCUGACCAGUUUCCCAGUCCCUGCCAAUGAAAAACAUCCCCACGGCAUGAUGCUGCCACCACCAUGCUUCACUGUGGGGAUGGUGUUCUCGGGGUGAUGAGAGGUGUUGGGUUUGUUCCAGACAUAGCAUUUUCCUUGAUGCCCAAAAAGCUCAAUUUUAGUCUCAUCUGACCAGAGUACCUUCUUCCAUAUGUUUGUGGAGUCUCCCACAUGUCUUUUGGCGAACACCAAACGUGUUUGCUUAUUUCUUUCUUUAAGCAAUGGCUUUUUUCUGGCACUGUUCCGUAAAGCCCAGCUCUGUGGAGUGUAUGGCUUAAAGUGGUCCUGUGGACAGAUACUCCAGUCUGCUUUGCAGCUCCUUCAGGGUUAUCUUUGGUCUCUUUGUUGCCUCUCUGAUUAAUGCCCUCCUUGCCUGGUCCGUGAGUUUUGGUGGGCGGCCCUCUCUUGGCAGGUUUGUUGUGGUGCCAUAUUCUUUCCAUUUUUUAAUAACGGAUUUAAUGGUGCUCCGUGGGAUGUUAAAAGUUUCUAAUAUUUUUGUUUAACCGAACCCUGAUCUGUACUUCUCCACAACUUUGUCCCUGACCUGUUUGGAGAGCUCCUUGGUCUUCAUGGUGCCACUUGCUUGGUGGUGCCCCUUGCUUAGUGGUGUUGCAGACUCUGGGGCCUUUCAGAACAGGUAUAUAUAUACUGAGAUCAUGUGACAGAUCAUGUGACACUUAGAUUGCACACAGGUGGACAUUAUUUAACUAAUUAUGUGACUUCUGAAGGUAAAUGGUUGCACCAUAUCUUAUUUAGGGGCUUCAUAGCAAAGGGGGUGAAUGCAUAUGCACGCAUCACUUAUCCGUUAUUUAUUUUUUUGAAUUUUUUGAAAUAAGUUUUUUUUUUUCAUUUCACUUCACCAAUUUGGACUAUUUUCUGUAUGUCCAUUACAUGAAAUCCAAAUAAAAAUCCAUUUAAAUUACAGGUUGUAAUGCAACAAAAUAGGAAAAACGCCAAGGGGGAUGAAUACUUUUGCAAGGCACUGUAUGUUCAGUAUUUGUUCAAUAUAUUAUGCUGCUGUUUAAUUGAAUGCACGUAUUGUAAGUCACUCUGUCUACUAAAUUACUUAAAUAUGACAUGAAUAUGUUAGUCAUAGUGUGUGUCUGUGUACACAUGUGAACACUGUGCUCCAUGUGUGUUCCCAGCAACAUGAGGUGAUCCUUCAGAACAACCAGAGAGCAGGCUUCCUGAUAGGAGAUGGGGCCGGAGUGGGGAAGGGCCGUACGGUGGCUGGCAUCAUCCUGGAGAAUUACCUAAAAGGAAGGAAGAAAGCACUAUGGUAAGACACUAGAUUCCUCCUACUAUUACUCCACUCAAUACAUUACCCAGUCUAACUCUGUUUCUCCCUACCUAAUAGUUAUAUCUUACCGUUACGUAGGUGGGCGUCUCCCUGCCUAAUAGAUUUAAGAUUGAGUGGUUUCGAUUGUAAAACGUUAGUUGUAGUGGAUAUUGCGUCAGAUUGGCCUUUGUGACCUGCAUUAGAAAGCAUCAAUGAUAGUCAGUGCCAUUGAUUACUACCAACUCUGAAAUCAACCUAUUCAGUUGUGCGUCAUGUUUAUUUUGUAAAGAUGCACUCAUUUCUCCUCUUCCACCCCUCAGGUUCAGUGUGUCCAAUGACCUGAAAUAUGACGCAGAGAGAGAUCUCAAAGACAUAGAAGCUCCCACUAUUCCUGUGCAUGCCUUAAACAAGGUGAGGUGAUGAGAAAGGAAUAUGGCAAACAACCAUUACAAUUACUGUAUGUUUUUGUCAUCUGAGGUUCAGUAAGAACAAAUGCUGUCUGGUUUAACCUCUGCUCAUGUCGCUUUCUGUAGAUAAAGUAUGGAGACACAGCUACCUCAGAAGGAGUCCUGUUUGCGACAUACUCUGCUCUGAUCGGGGAGAGUCAAGCAGGAGGGCAGCACCGCACCAGACUCAAGCAGAUCCUGGACUGGUGCAAGCCCGGCUUUGACGGAGUCGUAUCCUUAUACACUACAUUACCACCUUGGUCGCUACUAACCUGAUAAUAUCUAAUUGUAGAUCGUCCGGGUCCGUAGCUCUGUCAUGGUUUCUGUCUACACGUAGGAUUGUUGAGCUUUGUGUAGAGACCAAUCAAUGCACUGGCCAUGCUAGACGUACUGCAUGCUCUAACCGCUAUUACUGAAACUAGCCCUAAAACAAGAACAAAUACUUCCUGAUGAAAUUGCCAGUCUAGCAUGGCCAUCUAGUCCAGUGACUACCAAUUAUCUGAGAACAUAAGUUUUGCUCAAUCAGCAUGUUUACACUGGGCAGGUUCACACUGUAGCAGCGUUUUGCCCUUGACCAUGUUCCUAGAUUGUGUUUGACGAAUGCCACAAGGCCAAGAAUGCCACGUCCACCAAGAUGGGCAAGGCCGUGCUGGACCUGCAGCACAAGCUGCCCCUGGCCAGGGUGGUUUACGCCAGUGCCACAGGUGGGCCUUUCUCACACUUUUCCUGUACCUGGAUGACUGUUUGUCUUCUCUUUCCCUAUCGCUCUUUCUCACAAUGCCUGUACUUUAGGACUGUUUGUCUACCUGUUCCGUCUCAGUUUUCCCUCUCCAUCUCAUUCAGCCUGUAUUUGUCUUCCCUCUCUUCCAGUCUUUCUUUCAAUUUCUCUGGGUCUCUUAGUUACUCUUUCUCUCUCUCGAUCUCUCUGUAUCAAUGUCUCACCGCUGCUUCGCUCUCUCUCUCUCUCUCUGCUUUCUCUCUCUCUCUCUUCUCUCUCUCUGCUUUCUCUCUCUCUCUCUCUCUCUCUCUCUCUCUCUCUCUCUCUCUCUCCUCUCUCUCCUCUCUCUCUGCUCCUUCUCUCCUCUCUCUCUCUCCUCUCUCCUCUCGCUCUCUCUCUCCUCUCUCUCCUCUCGCUCCUCUCUCUCUCUCUCUCUCUCUCUCUCUCUCUCUCUCUCUAUCAAUAUCUCACCCCUGCUUCUCUGUCUCCCUCCAGGUGCCUCUGAGCCAAAGAACAUGAUUUAUAUGAGCCGCCUGGGGAUCUGGGGCGACGGCACGCCCUUCAAGACCUUUGAUGAUUUCCUGCACGCCAUCGAGAAGAGGUCUGGCCUCAUUCCACACAUUCACUGUAUCUUACCUGUAUCUAAUUAUUAAAUGUAUAUGAUUUAUCUAUGUUGUGAGAAUGACAUCUCGUAAUGGUGUGGCUACCAGACCAGUCCUGGUAUUUAGAAUACAACUGACAGGCUGUCUGUGGUUUGGAUUUUUGGUUGACAGGGGUGUGGGCGCCAUGGAGAUUGUUGCCAUGGACAUGAAGGUGAGCGGGAUGUACAUCGCCCGGCAGCUGAGCUUUUCAGGGGUGUCCUUCCGCAUCGAGGAGAUCGGCCUGGACGACGACUUCAAACUGGUCUACAACAAAUCUGCCAAACUGGUGAGAGACUGAGAAGACAUAUGUGCGUACAUGCGCACGUUAGGGCCGGGAAUUGCCAGGGACCUCGCGAUACGAUAUUAUCACGAUACGUAGCUGCCAAUACGAUAUGUAAUGCGAUUCUCACGAUUCUAUAUGUAUUGCGAUUCGAUACUUUGAUCACUAUAUAUAUAUGUGUGUGGAUAUACAGUAGCAGUCAAAAGUUUGGACACACCUACUAAUUCCAGGGUUUUUCUUUAUUUUUACUGUUUUCUACAUUGUAGAAUAAUAGUGAAGACAUCAAAACUAUGAAAUAACACAUAUGGAAUCAUGUACUAACCAAAAAAAGUGUUUAUUUAAUAUUUUAGAUUCUUCAAAGUAGCCACCUUUUGCCUUGAUGACAGCUUUGCACACUCUUGGCAUUCUCUCAACCAGCUUCAUGAGGAAUGCUUUUCCAACAGUCUUGAAGGAGUUCCCACAUAUGCUGAGCACUUGUUGGCUGCUUUUCCUUCACUCUGCGGUCCAACUCAUCCCAAACCAUCUCAAUUGGGUUGAGGUCGGGUGAUUGUGGAGGCCAGGUCAUCUGAUGCAGCACUCCAUCACUCUGGUUAAGUGUGACUUGAAUUCUAAAUAAAUCACAGACAGUGUCACCAGCAAAGCACCAUCACACCACCUCCUCCAUGCUUCACUGUGGGAACCACACAUGCAGAGAUUAUCCGUUCACCUACUCUGCGUCUCACAAAGACACGGUGGUGCAGCAGAGGUAACUCUGGGUCUUCCUUUCCUGUGGCGGUCCUCAUGAGAGCCAGUUUCAUCAUAGCACUUGAUGGUUUUUGCGACUGCACUUGAAGAAACUUUCAAAGUUCUUGAAAUGUUCCGGAUUGACUGACCUUCAUGUCUUAAAGUAAUGAUGGACUGUCAUUUCUCUUUGCUUAUUUGAGCUGUUCUUGCCAUAAUAUGGACUUGGUCUUUUACCAAAUAGGGCUAUCUUCUGUAUACCCCCCCUACCUUGUCACAACACAACUGAUUGGCUCAAACGUAUUAAGAAGGAAAGAAAUUCCACAAAUUUUAACUUUUAACAAGGCACACCUGUUAAUUCAAAUGCAUUCCAGAUGACUACCUCAUGAAGCUGGUUGAGGGAAUACCAAGAGUGUACAAAGCUGUCAUCAAGGCAAAAGGUGGCUACUUUGAAGAAUCUCAAACAUAACAUUUGUUUAACACUUUUUUGGUUACUACAUAAUUCCAUAUGUGUUAUUUCAUAGUUUGUCUUCACUAUUAUUCUACAAUGUAGAAAAUAGUAAAAAUAAAGAAAAGCCCUGGAAUGAGUAGAUGUGUCCAAACUUUUGACUGGUAUUGUAUAUGUCUAUAUAUAUCUAUAUAUCUGCUACAGAGAGACGAGAGAGCAUGAGAAAACGAUCGGUCAUGGAAAUAAAAGUGCUGAAAACAAAUUGGCUCCCUAUUUAAAAAGAUGGAGAAUAAGCUAUGAAGGAAAGGUACUGGUGUUUUGGUGCAGGUAUCACCAAUUAGCGCAAAAAUAAUAUUGCAAUAUUGUCAAAACGAUACGAUAUAUUGUCAAAAAUAAUAUCCCGGUAUGUAACUACUGCCCUGUUACAGUAUGUCUAAAGAUGUGAGUGCUAGUGAAGUGACUUAUAUGUGUGUGUCCUCCUCAGUGGGCGGAGGCUCUGGCCGUGUUCAUGUGUGCGGCGGAUGAGCUGCGUCUUGUCAGCAGGAAGUCCCUGUGGGGUCAGUUCUGGUCGUCUCACCAGCGCUUCUUCAAAUACCUCUGCAUCGCCGCCAAGGUUCGCUGCCUGGUGGAGCUGGCCAAGAAGGAGCUGAAGGCUGGCAAGGUGAGACUGACCAGCACUUAAUUCAUCCUUUAUUUAACCAUGAUAGUCAUUUAGAUGGGAAUCUCUGGCCAAGAGGCAUUAUCACAAUUAUCCAUGCAUUUGAAUGGGAAAGAAAAUAGAGCCAUGUUUUUCCUGGUUUUUCCUUGUUGAUAUGUUUAAGUGUGACGCUCUGCUCAUGUGUCUUGUUUCUCCCCUCCCCAGUGCAUUGUGAUUGGUCUGCAGUCUACAGGAGAGGCCCGAACCAGAGAGGUCCUGGAUGAGAACGAUGGACACCUGGACAGAUUUGUAUCCGCAGCAGAGUAAGUCUUGUGUCCUUGGCUCUCUGAAGCCUUGGAUAAGUACAGUAUUGGAGCAAAUUGAUCUUUGGCUCAGCCCUGAUUCAACCCUCACACACAACACCACAGCUUUCAUCUAGUGUAAACGGGACUUUCCUGUCUGAUGUGCCUGUGGUUUUCACAUGACUCAUCAAAUCAAAUUUUAUUUGUCACACAUACGUGUUUAGCAGAUGUAAUAGCGGGUGUAGCGAAAUGCUUGUGCUUCUAGCUCCGACAGUGCAGUAAUAUCUAACAAGUAAUAUCUAACAAUUUCACAACAUAUACCUAAUACACACAAAACUAAUUUGUUUGUUGCCGGGUACAAAACCGGUUCCUAGUUAGAAGGCAUUCCAUUUGUCACUCUCCAGCUUCAGUCAAAAGUUUAGUCUGAACCGUUCACUUUUUUCCCUUAGAACACACUACCUGAGGGUGUAGGAUGAAUCUUCCCUUAGACACUGUUCCAAAUUCAAUUAUGCUCUUUUCCCAGCUAAUGGUUAAGGGCUAGGAUUUGGGGAGGGUAAGCUGAUCCUAGAUCUGUACCUGCAGUCAUGUUCUACCGGGAGCAUACCUGGGUGUCUGUCUGUCUGGACCGUCUGUCUGUCUGGGCCGUCUGACACUGGAAGACAUGAAAUGUAUAUGAUAAGGUCAAUCAGAGCUGACAUCCUGUCAGCCUUCCACAGUGUUAGAUUAAGAUGAUAACCAUCUGUCUGUCUGGUUUUUCUCCUCAGGGGGGUGUUCAAAGCUCUGGUACAGAAACACUUUCCCUCCGAAAAGCCGAGGAGAGAGAAAGCGCCUGGAAACAAGAGAAAACGUAUGUCAACUAAAAUACUAAAAGCUCUGCGCUCCCCUGGUGAGGUGCUUUGUCUAAAUUACCAUUUUGGGUUGUGUCUGGUCAAGAAUUUGCUUAAAUAAUGGGUGUACACGUAUUCGUAACCAAACCGUUCGGUACGGGGACCUCGGUUCUGUCUGCAAUGUGAAGCCAAAUGAAUACAUAAAAAAAAAACACUAGGCCUAUAGGACGUGCCUACGCUGCGUUGUAGGCCUCUGCCUCUUGAGGCUAUUCCGUUAAAACAACUAGAGCCUAUGUGCACAUUGUAAUCAAAGUUAAAAUCUUAAUUGGCACAUUUCAAACUGUCCUUUUGUGAGGCGCAGCCGGGAACUAGUUCUGUACGAUGGUGAGUGGUUUGGGAACAUUUUGCCUUCCCAGUAGAUUACAACUGCGAUGGACAGUUGUGGAUAAAACGUUAACAGUAUGACGCCACACUGAAAGAGAAUAGCCUAUGCAGCUGCCAACACCUCAAAUAUGUUGACACAUUUACAUCGACAUCGUCCCUGUAUACCAUCUCUGUAUAUACGUUAACAUGAUAACCAAACCGGCUCUGCGCAUGCAUGUUCAUUCAGUCUAUCCCCACCAGACGUGUUCAUGACAUACAGGUUAAAAUACCAAAACCAACUGUGAACCAACUAUAUUAAUUUGGGGAGAGGUCGAAACACAUAUAAAACAUAGUUAGCUUACUGUUGCUAGCUAAUUUGUCCUGCGAGAUAAACAUUGGGUUGUUAUUUUACCUGAAAUGCAUACAGUAUGGUCCUUUUUUUUUAUGGAUCUUUGUCGAAUUUUGACCCAUUUUGUGUCACACAAAAUCGUGUGUUCUCUACUCUGAAAAUGUAUCCAUAGAUAAAAGGGGAAACCUUGUUAGUUUUUAGUUAGUGGAUUUUAUAUGGCGAUUGGCAACCAACUUUAAGGUGCAUUACCGCCACCAACUAGACUAGAGUGUGGACCUCGUUCAUCUUUCAAUCACCCAUGUGGGUAUUUGCUCGGAAAAACCAAUGAGUAGAUGGGAGAGGCGGGACUUGCAGCGCGUCAAGCGUCUAAUAUAGAACCAAGUUCUAUUUUAGCGCCUGGCUACGCAGACGCCCGUUGACCUGCGCAAGCAGUUUGGAUGAAAUGAUUGAAUGUAUGCGCACGCAAGGCGGGUGGUCUGGUCAGCAUGUCAGAAACAACAACACAACCCUCUACAUUCAAGCCGCCCUUGACAGCUAAUUCUGACUGGGCCAAAGAAAUCACAAGAGCGAUAGGUAGGCUAUGUUUAUAGUUUUUACACCGCGGAUAUGCGCCCAUUCUCGGUGGUUGAGAAUAGGGGGUUUUAGCACCUUGUGAAAGUGCUACAGCCAUGUUAUGAACUUCCCUCUUGCACCCAUUUCAACAAACAUGUAGUACCUGCUCUAUAUAAGCAAACCAAAGGCCAAGUUUUCAAUUAAUUGGCCACUCAGGGGUGUUGCGCUUACUUAAGUGACAGCCCAUCACAUUACCCCGGAGCGGGAGAUGUACAGUGCUACAGACACGCCCCCUUUAUGAGAGUCCGCAUCUGAUGGAGGCAGUGUCAUGGUGCGUUUGAAACCAAGUGGGAAUUUACAACAUGAACGGCCCCUCAAACUGGUAAUUACUAGUGGGAAACUCGUCUAUCAUCCUGAGCAACCACUUCUACCACAUGGUGACCUCUAACGUCACCUACUAAGGAAAUGGCCUCUAUAACAGCAUUUUCGGCAGUUAAAUGCAACAACAAAACAUUAUUUAUAAAAAGCAAUCUAUUAAUGUGGUUUUUUAACUCUAUACUUUGUUUAGAAGCAUGAUGGCUAUACUUUAUAGUUUAUGUUUGACACAGCUUGUUGGCCAUUAGCCAAUCGCCGGUUUUCAACGAGUUCAAAUCACAUGAAUGCAUCCAACUGGUAUUUACAACUUCACAACGGUUAAAUUCCCACCUCACCACAUGGUCCCACCUCACAGCAUCAGAGUGGAAACUUGAGAGGCCCAACAUAACAAUCCGGUCACAACAGACAAUGCCAGCAACAUUGUGAAUGCUGAACAUUAUGGGUGGCAUUUAAUUUUCCUGUUGUACCGAAACCGAACCGUGACCCCAAAACCACAAUACGUAACGAACCGUGGGUUUGGUGAACCGUUACACCCCUAUUAUAUAAUGAUAAUAAUAGCAACUCUAUUUUUAUACGUUGCCUCAUCACGUCCGGUCAAAAUCAUGUCAUGUACUAUUCAGGUGAAGCCACUGAGCCACAGUCUGAAUUCACUCAUGUGUACGUUCUGUCCACUAGGUAAGCCCAGGGGCCGGCAGCCCAAGUUCCCAAAGCACACCAUGGUGGAUCCGGGGGGUGUAAUCAACAUCAGUGACGACAGCAGCACGGACACGGACGGCAUGGACACCGACUCCAACUCCUCGCCCGACUCCCUGCUGGACAACAACAACGACGACGACGUCAUCUUCGUCAACAGUAAAAGCACUUAGCAGACAUUUGGGGGGCAUCUUACUGUGGUCUCUCUUUGGCGGUUUUAUGACUGUGUCUGACUCUGGUUACAGUCGUUAACAUGUCUCUGUCUGUCUGGGGUUGGUUGGAUUCUCUACAGCCAGGAUAGAGGAGAUGAAGCAGGGCCUCCUGAACAAGAUCGCUGACCUGGGGAAGGAACUACCUCUGAACACUCUGGACGAACUCAUCGACAAGUUUGGAGGUCCGGAGAUGGUCUCGGAGGUACGUACCCCUAUGUUGCAGGGAAGUGUCCAUUCAACCUGAUAGAAAAAGAGUACUCUGAAAGAGAGACAUUUCAAUUAAGUACAUGGAAGGCUACAUCAGAAAAAGGGUGAGAUGAAUACUAGAUACAAACUGGGCUGUAGUUCUCCAUUGACGCCCUCUAACCUCUCUUGUAGAUGACGGGUCGUAAGGGCCGUGUGGUGCGACGUCCUGACGGGAGCGUGCGUUACGAGUCGCGUGCGGAGCAGAGCCAUACCAUCGACCACAUCAACCUCAAGGAGAAGGACCGUUUCAUGUGCGGAGAGAAGGUGAGACACUGGACUGGACCGCUAUUUGAACACCAGGCAACCUCUCUAGAACCAUUCAACAUGUAUCACACUUGGCUGUGAGUCGAAGGGUCUCACUCACAAAAUGUGUUUGUUCUUGCUUAGAAAAUCAUGAUCCUGUGAUAUGUAAUGACAGCAUACAAAGGCAUUAUUCUAUGGUCUGUCUUGGUGUUACAGUUGUUUGUUCUAUCCGUUAACAUCCUUCCCCCUCUCCACCCCUCCCUCCUCCUCAUCUCCCCAGCUGGUGGCCAUCAUCUCGGAGGCGGCCAGCUCGGGCAUCUCCCUGCAGGCAGACAAGCGGGUGAAGAACCAGUGUCGGAGGGUCCACAUGACACUGGAGCUGCCCUGGAGCGCAGACAGAGCCAUCCAGCAGUUUGGUGAGUCUGGAGAGGACCAGGGGUUAAAGGUCAGGGGUCAGUUAGGUUUAGAGGUCGUGUUCAUGGUUAGGGUAAGGGUUAGACUCUCCUCAAUGCAGGUUACACACACUGUCACUCAGACAUCUCUCUUCACACAAUCCACCUUGCUAGAAGUGUUGCACUCUAGCCUGAUUAAAUGUAAUUUCAUUAGUAUCUGCUGCCUCUUCAAAUUACCUUGCCUAAAGACAGAUUUGAUCACUUGAUGUAUAUCAAAUUAAAAUAUGUUUUGUCUUUUUGGACCUAAGGAGGCGAGACAUUCUAAUCAUUGGAAUGAGUCGCUUUUAUUAAUGCUGUGUUGCUGUGAAACUUAAUUUGGAGGUGGUGCAGUUUUGUCUGGCUUCAGGGAGAGAGGUGUUAGACUAAAUCAGAAUAACAUAAUUAGCCGUAAUAUCCGGUGCUGUCUGCUAGAUAUACAGUAAUUUUGCACCCAACUGUGGAAAGGCAGGCCUGUGCAGACACACACAUUGCGGUCCGUGAAUGAAUUGUUAGCAGUAAUUCGCUAACUGACUUCCCGCCAGCCGUGCUCCCUUGGGGAGCUGAACUCGAUGCGUGGGUUGGCAUGUGUGGGCCUGAUUGACAGACACUGUUUACACUAACAACAAUACACACACACACAAACAAAGGUGACCUAGGUGUUCCAGGAAAGAUAUGUUCCAUAGAAAAUAUGUGGUGGGUGGCAGUUGGUAAGACACUUCCCCAUUCAGAGACAUAUUUACCAGGAAAUCCAGAUUUACCAGGAAAUCCAGAUUUACUGACAUCAUCCUUUGUUUAUACAUCAUUGAAAUCAACCUACCCCACAAACCAAUAUCCUCUUUUUCCAGAGUUUCACUGUUGUACAGUACACUAUUGGUUCCAUCUCAGAGUCUCGUCUGUUCUGACUGGUCUUCCUCCUCUGUGUGUGAUUCACCAGGUCGUACCCAUCGCUCCAACCAGGUGACGGCUCCAGAGUACAUCUUCCUCAUCUCUGAGCUGGCCGGGGAGAGACGCUUUGCCUCCAUCGUGGCCAAGAGACUGGAGAGCCUGGUAGGUGCAGCUCUAGCCUCAUCUACUACACAUCCCAUAAGUCCAUGUGUUUUAUUGGAGUGAAGAUUGGUAUGCUGAGCUAAUAACUUAGGACAGGGGCCACCCUUUUACAAGUAUAUCUCCCCGUAGUCACAGUGCUAGGACUCCCGAUUUUCUCCCCCCACUAUCCCAGCCCUCACCCUGUCUUGGCCCUGCGCUGUCCUAUUAACCAGACACUCUCAAAGUCACCGGAGAUCACAUAAACACCUUUCACACAACAUUUCAAACCCAGGAAAUGCCUCCGGUCCUCCUUUGGUCUGAAUAAUACAGUUAUUUUCAGACUUUGGAACACACCCAGGUCUGGGUAGUUAUAUGAGAUUGCUAUGAGACAGUUUUCCAUAUUGUAAUGUCUUUACUUCAGUCAUUUAUUUGCCUUUUCUCUCUGAUGGGAGGAGAGGGGGGAGUUCCAGAAAGUGUGUGGUGCCUCUGCCAGCCUCAGAAUGGGUAAUGUCAUGCCAGGACCCAGGCUCUCUUCUUCCCCUCCCUCCUAGCUGCUGAAUACUUGGCUGCCUCCAGAUGAGCAGUGAUCUCAUAUCUGGCAGAAACAUCCAUUUGUUUUCAUCUCAGAACAUUCCUUUGUGGGCACCAGCUAAAAGAGCAGCUGGCUUCAAGUGGACCUUCAGUCACAAUCUGUGCACAACAUUUGACAUGUUUUGGCAGUGGUGUCAAUUCACUGCCUCUAUGCUUUAGGGGUCUGCUGCAGUUGAGAAAGUUGUGUGUUUGUAGCUGGUGUUCUUUCAGUAUGUGAUAUAAGGCUUUAGUGCUAACAAUGUGUUCCUUUGUUUCUAUGUCCAGGGUGCAUUGACCCACGGUGACAGGAGAGCCACAGAGUCCAGAGACCUGAGCAAAUACAACUUUGAAAACAAGGUAUGCACUGGCUUGAAUUACUCCAACAGAGAGAACACUUCUGCUUGUACAGAAGCCCAAUUGGCAUUACCUGUGAUUCGUUGUGUUGGAGAUUCUGGGGGGAGGAACAGUGACCUGACCUCUUAAAUGACCUGUAUCCCUAUUCUCUGUAGUAUGGUACCAAGGCUCUGGAUAAGAUCACCAAAGCCAUCCUGGGUCACAUCGAGAGCAAGGUGUCCCCUCCCAAAGGCUACCCCGGGGGCGAUGCGCUGUUCUUCAGAGGUACGUUGAGUGCGUGUAGGAAUGUGUCUUAACAUUAUGCAAAUCCUGUCCAAAGCUACAUUGAAAUAAUGACUUUAUUCCCUGUUUCAGACAUGAAGCAUGGCAUGAUGGACGUGGGCAUCUUCUGCAAGGAGCCUCGCUUUGGUCUCAGUACUGAGAAAGACUGCAGCAUCACCAAGUUCCUCAACAGGAUCCUGGGCCUGGAGGUCCACAAGCAGAACUCUCUGUUCCAGUACUUCACUGACAACUUUGACUACCUGAUCGAGAAGGACAAGAAGGAGGGCAAAUACGACAUGGGCAUCUUAGGUAUGGAGUUCCAACACUCACACUAGCCAGCAUUUCUGCAUUACAGUAUGGAGUCUCUUAGCAUGAGGUGGUAGAGCUUACACACGAGUCAAUAAAAGGGUGCACUUUCCCAUAGGUUGUAUGGUAAAGGAAAACUCUACACAUUUAGCACCAUAUGCUGCACAGUAUUGCAUCACAUUUACAUUUUAGUCAUUUAGCAGACGCUCUUAUCCAGAGCGACUUACAGGAGCAAUUAGGGUUAAGUGCCUUGCUCAAGGGCACAUUUACGUCAUUUAGCAGACGCUCUUAUCCAGAGCGACUCACCUAUUGCAUAUGAAUAGCAUUCCGCAUACCAUUCAAACAAAUCCACCAUGCUGCAUUUGGUCCUUCCUAGAAUGUCUUUCCAUGAACAGCAGCAUGAGGCUGAUAGUUUGUAACGGUAGUGAGGCUCUGUAUAGAGAUAAUAGAUAUGUCUCCUGACUGGAACACUGUGUCCCGUCCUGUCUUUCAGAUCUGGCCCCAGGUAACGAUGAAAUCUAUGAGGAAAAGCAGGAGACCUUCAUGACAGUGGGUAAUCCCCAGGACGGACAGGUUGUGCUCUACAAGGUAGGCAUCACUCCCAUGGUACACUGGUACAUUAUUCAUGUACAAUAUAAUCUAUCUAUAUUUUGCAGUGGCGCCUCAUACCAAAUGUACAUAGAUUUGCAUGCUGAUCUUUGUUUUGUAACUAAAUCAGUGCUGCUGUUUGGGCCUCUACUCUGGCCUGAAAAGUAGACAUAAAAUCUCAAGAGACUAAACCUAGUAAUAAAAACAAAACACUUCCCACCAUUGACGCGACACAACAAGAGAGCAGUGUUUCCCACAUACACAACCAAAGAGGCAAAAAUAUGAUUACUAGUGUCUCUGGCUCCCUACCUUGCCUUCGCUGCAGGCUAAGCUAGAGUUGACGUUUCAAACCAACACAACCAGGACCGAGAGCUGUGCGUGUGCGUGCAAUGGGGGGUGCACAGAUUUUCGGGUGUGUUAGUUAAUUGAAUCAGGCCCACAGUGGGUACUCGCUGCGUAUUGCUCUCCCAUAAGGCAGAUACUCUAACCUUUACUUUUGCCCUCUGCCUGUCAACCCCUAUAGAUCAGCGUGGAUAGAGGGAUGCCCUGGGAGGAGGCCUACGAGAAGGCCCAGAACCUCAACAGUCCUGACGAGGGCUUCUACCUCUCCCACAAGGUGAGUCUAGCUGGCUACCAUAGAGCAGAGAGCGAUGCUCUGCAUGUCCCAGCACGCACACUGACGCACUACCAGGAAGCCUGUAAUGCUGUGAGUACCUGUACCUCCUUAGGGCUCAAGCAGUGCUAGAACAGUUUCCCAGAGGUGAAUGACAGUUCAGAUGGGUCCAGUUGCCUCUGUUAAAUUCUCUGUUCUCUGGAGUGGAGUUCUUUCAUCCCACAUCAAGGGAGUAGAAUGAAAGUGUGCGUGUUGUGAACCUAAAGAAGGAGCAUUUUAUUCAGUAUUAAUUGUAGUGGCAAGAGUGAACAAUAUACACUCUCUUCCUUCCUGAUGUUGGGUUUUCUUAAUUAUACUGUAGUUACAUUCACUUGGUUCAUACUGCAAUUCAACAAUGAAAUGACUAUUCAGUCUUCAAUUACCCUCAAGACAAACACUUCAACACUGCCCCAGUGUCCCAGUUAAACGCAGUAUAAAUCUUCCGCUUCUUUCUUGAUUUGAUUUAUUGGUGGUUUAAAACAAUUGUACAGAUGAGAGUUCAAUAGUGCCCAGAGGAAAACGCAAAGUAUUUUACAGAACUUGAAAGUCAUUUCCAUCUCCUAUGUGUUCCUCAGUUGCGGGGGAACCACCCAUGUGUGCUGCUGGCGGAGCAGGGCCGAGGGAGGAACUUCAUCGUCUACAAGCCCAACAUCGGCAAGCAGGCCCACCCCGAGAGCCUGGACAACCUGCAGCUACGCUACCGCAAGGUUAGGGCUCAGUCUGACACACCCACACGGGGACACACCCACACAGGGACACACCCAAGUCCGUUGUUUGGCUGAAGGAACAGCUAUUAGGGUCCACUGACAUGCACGCAAUAAAACGUUUCCACCCAGAACAUGGCAAAGAGAUUUGUCUUCGUUUUUGCAGGAAAUGUCUCUGUUGUGGUUUUCUGUGGUGUAUGCUGCCCUCUAGUGGAAUAAACAGAGUAGUGAAACAGGAAAUACAGCCCUGUUUCUAUCCUGUAAUGUAAGGUCCAAUAUACAUACAAACGGGUGUUAAACUCAGACUCUUUAACAUAAGAAUGUUGUAUGUUGUGUUCCCCUCUUAGGUGACCCCAGACCAAGCCAAGGACAGCUGGGAGAGCCAGUUCAACUUCUCCUUUGGGAAAUGUAGCCAUGCUAACUGGAACGGGAAGUGUAAGAAGAUCGAGGAGGGUCAGGAGUGUCUGCAGGGCAUGCGUCUGCGCCAGUACCACAUGCUGUGCGGGGCGCUGCUGCGCGUCUGGAAGCGCGUGGCUGACGUGGUCUCUGACAUCACCAGCUCCAGCAUCCUGCAGAUCGUACGCCUCAAAACCAAAAAUAGUAACAAACAAGUUGGUGAGUACUCAACAACUCCAUACAAUUCACACACACACACACACCCCAUCACUGAAUGUCUUGGCAAAUACGUUUUUCAGUGGCUAUGCUGCAACCGACUGAGCCAAAUGAUCGACUUGUAUAAACGAAUGUAAACCUAAUACCCUCUCUUUCUCUCCUAGGUAUCAAGAUCCCAGAGAACUGCGUGGCCCGUGUGCGGGUGGAGCUUCUCAAAAUGGACGAGGAGGUAAAGAGGAGGCGCAAGGAGAGGGAGCAGCAUGCCCAGGAGCAGAGGCUAGCCCAGGAGCGGCAGCUCAAACAGCAGCUUCAGGACAAACACCUGCUGGCCAAGCUCCACAGCCAGCCCCAGAGCCUGUCUCAGUCUUUACCGGUCAAGCCUCUACUACAGCCCAAACCUCCACAGCUCAAACCCCAGCCCAGCCUGGUCAACCUGCUCCCCAGCAUGUCCAGCCUCUUCUCCCACUUCCCCCACCACUUCCCCUCCCUGCCCCCAAUGCAGACCUCCACCACCAAGCCCUCCCGGGUCGGGGAGGAGGUCCUGGACCUGACGGUGAGCUCCUCUCCCUCCCCAGACAGCACAGAGGGAGGCCUGGGCCUGGUCAGCCUAACGGGGGGCUCCAUGGGGAGCUUCGGAGAGGCCUUUGGCCUGGAGUCUCUGAUAUCGCGGAGCGCACUCACCGCCCAGAACACUGCACACAUUCUGCAGCAACCUCUACAGCCACCGCUGAUCAAACAGCGGCAGCUACAGUCGCCACAGCAGAUACAACCACAGCUACAGCAGUGGUCAGAUCGGCCUUUAAUCAACAGCGCCCACCAGGACUACUAUAUCCUUAACCUGAUGGACCAUCCAGACUCUCUGCCUUACUCUCUCUCCAGCCAGACAGCUACUAACCCCUCCUCCUCUUCUACCUCCUCCUCUUCCUCCAACACAGUGGCUCACGUCAUGUCCGGCCACCUCUCGUCCCCCUCCACCCCCUCCUCUCUCUUCUCUUCGGCCCUGGCCCCCUCAGAACAGCAGCCCCUCCCUCUAGCCAACAGCCACUGCAGCACGGACACACUCAUCAACGCGCGCGAGGUCCUGGACAACAUGAUGCGGACCAGUGCGGACCGCCAGACGGUUAUCCAGUACCAGCCGAACGAAUGGGACUCUGCGUAA